CGUGGGCAGCCGGGUAGGGCAGAGCCGGCAGGCGGAGACCGGAUCUCCGGGGCGGCGGUUGCUGGUCCGUCUGCUCGAUGAGGCCCCCGCACUAAGACCAUGUACUGGCGCCGCGCAGCGCUGGUGGGGACUCGGCUCGUCCCGAUCAGGAGCAGCUCAGCGGGCCGGUUUGAGGGGCCAGCGGGAAUUUCGGGCUCCGGGAUGGGGAACAGCACAUCAUCUUUGGGAAAUGCAGCAACUGCUCCUGUGAAUCAGAUCCAAGAGACCAUUUCUAAUAAUUGUGUGGUGAUUUUCUCCAAAACAUCCUGUUCUUACUGUACGAUGGCAAAAAACCUUUUCCAUGACAUGAAUGUUAACUAUAAAGUGGUGGAAUUGGACAUGCUUGAAUAUGGAAGUCAGUUUCAAGACGCUCUUCACAAAAUGACUGGUGAAAGAACUGUACCACGAAUAUUUGUCAAUGGAACUUUUAUUGGAGGUGCAACUGACACUCAUAGGCUUCACAAAGAAGGAAAAUUGCUUCCACUAGUUCACCAGUGUCAUUUAAAAAAAAGUAAGAGGGAAGAACUUUAGUGAUGUAAGUGCAUAUAACUUUUGCUAGUAAUAUGUCACUACAUAUUUAAAAUGAUAUUGCCUGAUAAUGUCUUUUAAAUAUUUGAAGGUGUUUUAAAUAUAUGAAUUAUCUUCAUGAAAAGGCUGUAAAAAAUAAUGAACAAUAAAUCACUGUGGAAACAUC